UCAAUAAGAUAUUUUAUUUUAAUAUUUUGAUUGUUUUGUGUUUCAGUGACUUUAUAUUAUUGCCUGGAUUUAUUGAUUUUGUAGCAGGAGAUGUUGAUUUGUCUUCACCUUUAACAAAGAAUAUUACUCUUCAAGCACCAUUAGUAUCAUCUCCUAUGGAUACUGUAACUGAAUCAGAAAUGGCUACAGCAAUGGCACUUUGUGGCGGCAUUGGUAUUAUUCAUCACAACUGUUCACCUGCCUAUCAAGCAAGUGAAGUACUGAAAGUAAAAAAAUACAAACAUGGAUUUAUUCGGGAUCCUGUAGUUAUAUCACAAGAUUUAUUGGUAUCUGAUGUUUUUCGAUUAAAAGAAGAACACGGAUUUUGUGGUUUUCCUGUCACUGAAAAUGGUAAAUUGGGUGGUAAAUUAGUUGGUAUUGUUACAUCUAGAGAUAUAGAUUUUCUUGAAGGAUCUGAACAAUUACAACAAUCAGUCAACUUGGUAAUGACAAGAAUAGAAAAUAUAAUUUCAGCGAAAUCUGGGGUAACUUUAGAACAAGCCAAUAGCCUUUUAGAAAAUUCUAAAAAAGGAAAAUUGCCUAUUUUAAAUGAAAAUGGUGAAUUAGUUGCAUUAAUUGCCAGAACAGAUUUGAAAAAAUCCCGUAAUUAUCCUAAAGCAUCAAAAGAUGAAAAUAAACAACUUUUAGUUGGUGCCGCUAUAGGAACACGCGAGGAUGACAAGGAAAGACUUCAUUUAUUACAUCAAGCUGGAGCUGACGUUAUAGUUUUGGAUUCAUCACAAGGAAACUCAGUGUAUCAAAUUGACAUGAUUAAAUACAUUAAAAAAAAUCUGCCAUCAUUACAAGUUAUUGCAGGAAACGUUGUUACUAUGGCACAAGCCAAAGCUCUUAUAGAUGCUGGUGCCGAUGGCCUAAGAGUUGGUAUGGGCUGUGGUUCUAUUUGUACAACACAAGAAGUAAUGGCAGUUGGUCGGGCUCAAGGAACUGCUGUUUACAGAGUUUCUCAAUACGCUUCACAGUUUGGUGUACCUGUUAUAGGUGAUGGUGGAAUUCAAUCCAUAGGUCACAUAAUUAAAUCGCUUGCACUUGGAGCAUCCACAGUGAUGAUGGGAUCUAUGUUAGCUGGAACUUCUGAAUCACCUGGUGAAUAUUUCUUUUCAGAUGGUGUGAGGUUAAAAAAAUAUCGUGGUAUGGGAAGUUUGGAAGCAAUGAACAGAAAAGAUGCUAAAGGAUCAGCAUUAAACCGAUAUUUCCAUAGUGAAAAAGAUUCCUUGAAAGUUGCUCAAGGUGUCAGUGGAACAAUUGUGGAUAAAGGUUCUGCUCUCAGGUUCUUACCAUACAUACAGUGUGGUUUAAGACACAGUUGUCAAGAUAUUGGUACUAAAUCGCUUAAAAAUCUCAGAGCAAUGAUGUUAUCAGGUGAACUUAGAUUUGAAAGACGUACACAUUCAGCACAACUCGAAGGAAAUGUACACAGUCUAUUUUCAUAUGAAAAACGAUUAUUUUAGUAUAAAAAUGUAAUAUUUGUUACUUAUCAACUAAUUUUAUACUUAAGUAAAUACAAAA